AUGUGCCCCAUUCGCGUGCACUGGCACGUGAAGGAGAGCUACAGAGAGUACUGGCGAGUGAAGGUGACGAUCACCAACUUCAACAUGUACAGCAACUACAGCGACUGGAAUUUGGUGAUACAGCAUCCCAACUUUCGGAGCAUACUACAAAUCUUCAGCUUCAACUACCUGCCUCUCGUCCAGUAUGGCGAGAUCAAUGAUACCGCGAUGUUUUGGGGCAUCAAACAUUACAAUGACAUGUUGAUUCAGUGCGGCGAGAACGGGAAUGUGCAGACCGAGAUGCUGCUGCACAAAGACGCUGCAGACUUUACCUUCGGUGGAGGCUGGGCUUUCCCGAGGAGGCUAUCGUUCAAUGGACAUGAUUGUGUCAUGCCGCCGCCGGAUUCGUACCCGACGCUGCCCAACGGAAGCUCCACGUUGUCCUCUCUGGUUCAUUGUGUCUCCCUGGUUCUCUCGUCGUUCUUGUUGUCUGUAGUCUUGCUGCUCUUGUAA